AUGCGUACCCUUUGUGACGCCUGUGAAAGUGCUGCUGCUGUUGUAUUCUGUGCUGCUGAUGAGGCUGCACUUUGCCUUGCCUGUGAUGAGAAGGUCCAUAUGUGCAACAAACUUGCUAGCAGGCAUACCCGAGUGGGUCUGGCGAUUCCCAGUGACGUUCCUCGCUGUGACAUAUGUGAAAAUGCACCUGCUUUCUUUUACUGUGAGACAGAUGGAAGUUCCCUUUGCUUGCAAUGUGAUAUGACUGUUCAUGUUGGAGGGGAUAAACCUCAGCCUGAGUACCCAGCUUCACAACCUACGGAUCCAGGAGAGACAAGGAAAGGACAGAAUCAGCCACCAAAGGCAACGGCAGGAGAGAGCCGACUGAAUCGCCAGGUUUCUCCAGUUCCAAUGUCAGUCGCUAAUUCUGAUGGGCAUGACAAGGUGGAUAAGGCGAUGAUUGAUUUGAAUAUGAAGCCUCAUCGAAUUUACGAACAAGCUUCUAAUCAUCAGCUGAAAUCAUGGUUUCUAUGCGCUCAAAGAGCUGGACAGGAGCAGGGUAUCUUCUAUGCUUCUCUUACCUAG